AUGCUCGCCAAAAUCGGUAAGGAAAACAGAGCAAUGAUCGGAGCAGAAGAAAAGGCCAUCUUUUUUUUGAACCUCCUCCUCCGCUCACCAAAUCCAACCGCUCAAGAGAACGCCGUCACCGCACUCCUCAACCUAUCCAUCCACGAAGCAAACAAGACACGCAUCAUAAACCAACCUGGCUGCCUGCGAUCCAUCGUCCGAGUCUUACGCUCUGGUCUGACGCCAGAAUCGAAGGAGAACGCCGCCGCAACUCUGUUCAGCCUCUCCGCGGUCCACGAAUACAGGAAAUUAGUGGUAGAGGAACCGCGCGGCGUGGAGGCGCUUGUUCGGCUGUUGAAUAGAGGGAGCUUGAGGGGGAAAAAGGAUGCGGUGAUGGCUCUGCUCAAUCUUUCGACGCUUCCGGAGAGUUGGGAGAGAAUGGUGGGGUCGGGGGCGGGGGAGGCGUUGGUGGGGGCGGUGGUGGAUGGGGAGGAGGAGGUGGCGGAGGAGGCGGCGGGGGCGCCGGCGGUGGCGGAGAGAGUGGGGAGGGUGCCCGGGGUAAGGAGGGUGGUGCAGAGGGUUGCGGUGGAGGGGACAAAGAGGGCGAGGAGGAAGGCGGCGGGGCUGGCGAGAUUGUUGGAGAGGAGGGAGUGGGGGACGAUGUAUAUGCCGGUGGCGGCGGCGGCGGGGGGGAGGGGGGCAGAUUUGGGGGGGGAGAGGAAUGAGGAGAUCACUCCUCCUGUAGCGGUUCCUGUGGCAGUGUUAUGA